AUGGGGAAUGGGGGCCCCCGACCCGCCUGGCCCCUGCUGGCCGUGGUGCUCUUCAGCCUGACCGCUUCUCUGGGCUUGGCGGAUGAAGACUGCCUGUGGUACCUGGACAAGAAUGGCUCAUGGCACCCUGGCUUUGACUGCAACUUCUUCACCUUUUGCUGCGGCAAUUGUUAUCAGCGCUACUGCUGCAUCGACCCCCUGAAGCUCAUCACGGAGAGGCAGCAGAAGCACUGCCUUGCUUUCAGCCCAAAGACCAUCGCUGGCAUUGCCUCAGCCGUCGUCCUCUUCGUGGCCAUCGUUGCCACCAUCAUCUGCUGCUUCAUGUGCUCCUGCUGCUACCUGUACCAGAGACGGCAGCACAUGCGGACACCCUUCCAAGGCCAGGAGAUCCCGUUGUCCAGCUACCCAGCUCAGCCACCAUUCACUUACCCUGUGGAUCCCAAAGCAGGACCUGCACCCCCCCAGCCAGGCUAUGCUCCCAUGGCCAUGUAUCCGCCCACUGCCCCAGCUGCACAGUAUCCGAUGUACCCAGCAGGGCCCCCGCUGUACAACCCAACAGCACCCCCGCCCUAUCUCCCACCACAGCCCACCUACCCUGGAGCCUGA